AUGCAUUCAAAUAAAAACAACUUUAAGCCAAUAUUACCAAAAUUAAAAAUUCCAAGUCAAUCAAAAUAAUUAUUAAGUUCACCACAGAGAUCAAAAUUUAAUGAUGAAAGAAAAUUAGAAACCAUUGUUGAAAAAAGGAAUUUUCAAAAACAAUUAAUUGAUUUGGUUAUUCCUUUGCAUGAUGAUGCUUAAUAGAGUAUAGUCAAUCCUGAUUUUUCAAAAAAUGAUCUCUUAAAACAUUAUAAACAAUUACCAUCAAAACCUACUCUGUUAUUUGAGAAAGCUUUGAAAGGUCUUCAUCCUCUUUAACAGAGUGAAUAUAGGAGUAAGGAAUUAAAGAAAUUGGAAAAGAAGGUUUAAGUUAUUAAUGAAAGAAAUCCUUUAUAAGAGUCUUGGAAAUCACCCUUUUUAUCAUAACCUAGAUUAUUUAAAUCUUCAAGAACUGAUGAUGUGACUUUAUCAUAAGAAAUGGAAUAGAAUGCUUAAAAUACAGUAAUGUUAAAUGAAAAUUUAAAAGGAUUUGGAUAAAGAUUAAGAACCUAUUUAGAUUAUGAUAAAAACACAGUAUUUGAAAGAUAAAAAGGCAAUCCAAAAUAUUUAUAUAGAGAUAAUUUAAUAAGGAUGAUAAAAAAUAAUACGACUAAAGAAUUAGAUUUGGUUAAAGAAUGGAAUUUCUUAAUUAAUUAUGAUAGAUUAGUAGUUUAUACAGGUUUUUAAAGGCCUGAAUUAAGAUUAUAAUAAUUUGGUACUAUAUCAUCUAUCAGUCAUUAUUAAAGUAUAUAAGAUUUUCAUAAGAAGAAAUUGAAAUAGACUAAUAGUUAACCUACUCCGAAUUCUUAAAUAUCUCCUCAAUUUGUAAUUAAAAAUUCAAGAUAGAGCAAUUCAAGUGAUCCAAUAGAUUUUGGUAAAUCUAAUUAAGUUUAAUUGGAUGUUUCAGAAGUAGAGUAAGUUUAAGAUGAUAUUUCAAUAAGAAAAGAUACAUUUUUAACUUAUUGUUAAGUAUUUUGGGAUUUAAUAAGAAAGGAGGAUGAAAUAGUGGAAAGAGUAAUUUGGGCAUUUUGUAAAAGUGAUUUAAUGACAUUCAGUUCAUUUAAACAUUUUUAUAAAUUAAUUGUAUUUUAGGAAGGGACAUUUGAAGAAUAUAUAAAAUUCACAUUUGAUUUUUUUAUGGGAUCAGAGAGAAAUGAAAUUUAAUUUACAGAGAUAUAAGGUUUAUUAAGAUUAUUGGCAUAAAGGAUAGAUGGAAAAGAUCAUGUCUUAAGUGAUUAAAUUUUAAUGGAUAUUGUAAAUUAAAUUCAUAGACCAUAAAUAAUUACUAAAGAUACUUUGUAGUAAUUAAUAUUUGAAGAUAAGAUUCCUCCAACUGUAAUAGUUAAAAUGGUAUAUGAAUAAGCAUGA